AUGUAUGAUGAAUCCAGUGGCGAGGAUUGCGUUCCUUUUAUACGACAUUCCAGGAUCGUUAAACGGUUUAACAUUCACCCGCCGGCUCCUCCCAGCUCUCCAUCACAUCCCCUGGAAGAGCGCUAUGGACCCGAGUUCUGGGAGCGGCUGAUGAGACAGCCAAGUAUGGAUGUCAGUGGGGUCCCCGGCAUGAAGUCCGGCUACCCAGCAUGGAGACAGAACUACGACUCCACCAGCCUGCCCGUACCAAGCCUGGAGUCUCUGCCAUCUCCGUCAGAGCUGUGCCGGCCAAAGAAGAAGAAGAAGAAGAAGUCAGAGUCCGGCUAUGACAGGAGAGAGAUGUCUGUGCAGCACCAUAUCCAGGAGCUGAAGAAGAGACAGAGCAGCAUUGACCAGUUGAAGUCCAUGACAUGGGGAAGCCGCAGCGUCCCGCAGUUGGAGGUGAAGGAAGAAAUGCACAUGGAGUUGACCAGUAUGGAACCCCACCAGGAAAGUUUUGCUGAUUUCUUCGAGAUGUGUCAGAGUGGAAGGCAGGACAGCCCCUUCCUGGACUUAUCUCCACAAAAAUCCACAAGCGGGGUGGUGUUUCCAUGGAUGACCCCCAGGGACGACUUCAGCUUCUGCGUCCUGGACCACAGCGUUGAAGGGUGGCGGGGAGUCGGCAACAUCUUCUUUCAGGAUUAACCCCUUUGCCGCUGAGCGGCCGCAUAUUUGGCGUGAAUCCGAGUAAAUACAGCCGUGCUGAGAACGCGCUCCCGCCAAAGUUGCCGGUGGCUAAUGGAAAGAUCCCAAUUGCUACUUGCGAUCAUGGAGCUUUUCCGAUCAUGCGACCACCGUGGUAGCCAUUCACAGCGGCCGGUCACAUGAUCGGAAACCCUGGCAUCCUAAACCCUUUAAAGGGCCGGGAUGCCCCCCCCCCCCUCCCCCGGCUCCAAAGGGGGUUAUUAAUGAGAUACAUCACUCAGCACAGAAUUACUGGAAGUCAUGCUGAAAAAGAACAGAGCGGACCCCUCAGAUGUUCUACUUACACACACACAGGAGGAAAUGACUGCAGUGCGCCCCCUGCUGUUCCCGGACUGUCUGACCUUUUUUAUUCCUUGUUGUUUGGGAUCGUUCGCCCCAUGUUAGUUGUGUGUGUUAUAGAUGAAUUCUUAAAAGCAAAACCUUCUCCGCACUGAACACACUAAAUCCCCCUAUGAUAUAAAAUGUACUUGGGAAAAAAAAAUAUUUUGCGUAAAAAAAGAAAAAAAAAUACAAGUAAAAAUAGAAAUAAAUAUGCGUCACUUCACUAUACACCCCAUAUACAAAUUCCCAAAAAAGUUACCAUAAUGAGUUACUAGUAGAGCGGUGAUUCCACCAUUAAAAAAAAAAA